UCAGGCGCUUAUGAUUCGCUGAAAGGUUGUCCGCUGCUCAGCGCUUUACACAUCACUUUAAUAUCCAAUUUCGACUUGAGGAGCUUACCUGGCAAUUUCUGCUAACGAAAAAAGCCAUCAUGACGUUUCCCUGUGUGGAGUCUGCACACACUCACCACAAGCACUGAUGUAGCAGUGUUGCAACAGUCGCAGUGCUCUCAAGACUGAUCUAAGAGGGGAACCACCCCCUUUCCUCACACAGGACCCCCUUCCUCUGGACUCCUGACUGUGACACUCUAAAGCCACACACCCCACAACGUCCUCAUCUCAUCUUUCAGAAGGAACAGAAGAAAAUUCUCCCACAUAGGAGUUAAACACCUCCACUCAGGUCAGUGGAGGUGUUGAAGAGCGGCCUCACCCACGCCCACUUUCCCCUGUGAAUCUUGAAGAAUAUUAUUAUUUCUCCUGGUUGGUUUGAGUCCGGUUCUGCCGGCCGUGUGACUUUUCAAAACUGGGGCGCGAUUCAUGGGAUGCAACCAUGUCGGAUCUCAGUGAGCGCAGGCCGGUCAACACGGACUACGCUGUCUCCCUGCUGGAGCAGCUCAAGUUCUUUUACGAACAGAAAUUACUGACUGACGUUGUGCUACUGGUGGAGGACACAGAGUUCCCGUGUCACAAGAUGGUCCUAGCCACAUGUAGCUCCUAUUUCAGGGCGAUGUUCAUGAGCGGCCUCAGUGAGAGCAAACAGACACACGUCCACCUGAGGAACGUGGACCCGGCCACCCUGCAGAUCAUCAUCACCUACGCCUACACGGGAAACCUGGCCAUCAAUGACAGCACAGUGGAGCCGCUCUAUGAGACGGCCUGCUUCCUACAGGUGGAAGAUGUGUUGCUGCAGUGCAGAGACUAUCUGGUGAAGAAGAUUAACGCUGAGAACUGCGUCCGCAUGCUGAGCAUCGGUGACCUGUUCAGUUGUAGCGAGCUCAAGCAGAGCGCCAAGCGGAUGGUGGAGCACAAAUUCCCGGUAGUGUACAGGCAGGAGGCAUUCCUGCAGCUCUCCCACGAGCUGCUCAUCGACGUCCUGAGCAGUGACAACCUCAACGUGGAGAAGGAGGAGACGGUGCGCGAGGCGGCCAUGCUGUGGUUGGAGUACAACAUGGAGGCUCGCUCGCAGCACCUGUCCUCGGUGCUCAGUCAGAUCCGCAUCGACGCGCUGUCUGAGGUGACGCAGCGUGCCUGGUUUCAAGGUCUGCCUCCAAACGACAAGUCUGUGGUGGUGCAGGGUCUCUACAAGUCCAUGCCCAAGUUCUUCAAACCUCGGUUAGGCAUGACCAAAGAAGAAAUGCUCAUCUUCAUGGAGGCCAUGUCGGAAACACAGGGCGAUGGAUAUGUCAUGGCUGGCUUACUGCCCACUACUGUAGUCUGUUACAGCCCGCAGGCAGAGAAAGUGUACAAGCUCAGCAACCCCCCUGGAGACCUGCAGAAGGUGGGGACCCUCGUUACACCUGACAACGAUGUCUUUAUCGCUGGAGGUCAGAUCCCCCUCAAAAACUCUAUCACUAACCACGGUAAGAGUGGAAAGUUACAGGCCGUGUUCCGCUCAGUCGAUAGCUUCUUCUGGUUCGAUGCCCAGCAGAAUGCCUGGGUGCCCAAAACCCCCAUGCUGUGCGCCCGAAUCAAGCCCUCGCUGGUCUACUGCGAGGGCUACAUCUAUGCAAUCGGGGGCGAUAACGUCGGAGGAGAGCUGAACAAACGAACAGUAGAGCGUUACGACUGCGAGAAGGACGAGUGGAGCAUGAUGAGCCCGCUGCCCUUCGCCUGGAACUGGAGCACAUCAGUAGUGGCACACGACUGCAUCUACGUGAUGACCCACGACCUGAUGUACUGUUACUUCCCCCGCGCUGACACCUGGGUGGAGAUGGCUAUGCGUAAGACCAGCCGCUGCUUUGCCUCUGCUGCCGCCUUCGGUGACCUCAUCUUCUACAUCGGUGGCCUCCACGUGGUCAGCAACUCUGGCAUCCGCCUCCCUACCAGCACCAUCGACGGAUCAUCUGUCACUGUGGAGAUUUAUGAUGUGAACAAGAACGAGUGGCGCCUUGCCGCCAACAUCCCCGCUAAACGUUACUCGGACCCAUGUGUACGGGCGGUGGUCCUGCUGAACUCGCUCUGUAUUUUCAUGCGUGAAACCCACAUGAACGAGCGCGCAAAGUACGCCAUCUACCAGUACGACCUGGAGCUGGACCGCUGGUACCUGCGGCAGCCGGUGUCGGAGCGCGUGCUCUGGGAUCUGGGUAAAGACUUUCGCUGUGCGGUGGGGAAGCUGUACCCAUCCUGCCUAGAAGAAUCCCCGUGGAAACCGCCGACCUACCUCUUCUCGCCAGACGGAGCAGAGGAGUUUGAGGUGAACGGGGAGCUGGUGACCCUCCCUCAUGUAUAGCUCUUACCCCCCCUCCCCUACCUCACAGACUGAAGCCAACGCUGAGGGAUGAACACGAAGGGGGGGCAGCUCACAUCUCUAAAGGGUCUGAUGUGUUCUGUGUUAUGGAGGGUCUCUGGCAUUCGCUGCAGCUGAUGAACAAUGCAGCAAAAAAAACAAGCUUGGAGAGGAAAAGAUGCGCCUCAAAAAUACUAGUAAUCUAAAAAAAUUCUGUUUUUGGUUCUUUUUUUUUUCUUAUUAUUUUGUCAAUUGUGACAUCUGUUAGAUAUUAUUACAAGUCUGUCAUACUGUUUCUACAAUGUGAUAAUCUAAACGUCAACAGACUUUUGUGAUGAUGAUAAUGAUGAGGGUGAUGAUGCACUUAACUGGGAAACCUUCUAGGAAUGACAAUAGCAACUGUACCAAAAUCCCCCCCCCCCCCCCCCCUCUCCCUCCCAUCAUGGCUUCCCUCUCUUCCCACUCCCACCUUCUCCUCUUUUCUUUCUCUUCUCACCACUGAUGAAGGAAAAUGCUGUUAAAAAUAUAUCGUCAGAGUAUCAAAAGUACUGACAGGAGGCUCUGGAAAAGUUCAGCUUGCUCUUUUUGUAGGGACAGCAGAAUAGUCGCUCAGCUUUGAGUCACAGCAGUAAAAGUGGAUCCAAAUCAUGUCAUAGAAUAGAAAUAAUAUAAGCAAAGCAUAAGAAUAAUCUGGAGAAACCUUUAAAAGUCCAUGCUCCAUUCUUUGAAUAUCACUAAAUAAAUGACUUCUUUGGUAGAGCUUCAGUAAUGUGUUUGUGUAGGGUUACACACCAUCAUGACAUCCUUAGAUUAGCUUGAAUCAUCUAUCUGUCAGUCCAGUAUCAAAAUAAUCUGGAGAAACCUCUUGAACAUCUGCUGCAUUUUAAAACCUCACUAAAUUAGAGACUUUUUGGAGGAGCUUUUGCACUGCUAUCAGGUGUGGAGCGUUGUUUGAACUAUAUCUUUACAACACUUUUUACUCACAUGUCAUUUACAUUCAAAAUCGAUUAAUGCUGCAGGGGUUUGAGAGGUUUUGAUGAAUCAACACAUCUUUUUGCGUGUGUUUUACGAACUGUAAAGAUGGAAUAGUAGCAUUUAAAUUGUUAAAAAAAAAGGGGCACUAUGAACUUCAAACAUGUUAUUCUUGUUUUUCCA